AUGUUUGCCUCUUACUAUAAUCCAGUGGAAUCUGAAUACCUCUCUGAAAAAUGUUCUCAAACUUCAAAUUUUAAAUUUGCACCUCAAAAUAAUUCUUCAUGUUCUUCACGAAGUCAUCAUCGUUCUGAAUCUUAUUACAAUUCUUGUUCAAUAUUUAAUAUAGUUUCAAAAUUAUCAGAUAUUGAACAAAAAC